UUCAGUAGGGCUGGGGGCGCAACAGCGCGGUGACAAGCCAUCUGCGAGCCAAAGCAAGGAGGAAAAGCACCUUUAUCUGUUUUAUUUUACGUUGAAUUACUUCACAAUGCAUAACGAACUCAAAGCAGGCUCCAAAUGAAAGAUUAAAACCGAAGUUAAAGUUUAAAUCAAUGGUACAGGAGGGUAAUAUGUCCAGGACGCCUUCCACCUCAACCCAGGAAAUCCAAAUGGACAUGUUCGACCACCACGGCUCUCACGCUCAGGGGAAGUAUGCAAAGAGGAAGAGCCGCUUCAAACGCUCAGAUGGAAGCACCUCCUCCGACACGACCUCCAACAGCUUUGUCCGGCAGGGCUCGGCAGACUCCUACACCAGUCGUCCUUCAGACUCUGACGUGUCUCUGGAGGAGGACCCCGAGGCUCUAAGGAAAGAAGCCGAUAGACAAGCUCUUGCCACCCUGGAGAAGGCUAAGACCAAGCCUGUAGCAUUUGCAGUGAGGACUAACGUUGGCUAUAACCCAGGCCCUAAUGAUGAUGUGCCGGUUCAGGGCAUGGCCAUCUCUUUCGAACCCAAAGACUUCCUGCACAUCAAAGAGAAGUAUAAUAAUGACUGGUGGAUCGGGCGCUUGGUGAAGGAGGGAUGUGAGGUGGGAUUUAUCCCAAGUCCAGUGAAGCUCGAGAGCACUCGGCAGUUACAAGAACAGAGAAUGAGACAGAACCGCCUUAGUUCCAGUAAGUCUGGUGGGAGCUCUAGUCUGGACGUCGCCACAGGUGCCCGAAGGCCCACUCCUCCUGGAACAGCUGACUUGUCAUCGGGCCUUUAUGACGAUGCUUUGGAUUCGGAUGUUGAGGAGGCGGAAACUGCCGACACCCGCGACCAUAAGGGUGUAGGCGGAAGUGUCACCUCCCCUCAAGGCAACCUGCCCCGCCUCCCUUUCUUUAAGAAGAUGGAACAUGUUCCUCCUUACGAUGUGGUGCCUUCCAUGAGACCCAUUAUUUUGGUGGGGCCGUCCCUUAAAGGCUAUGAGGUAACAGAUAUGAUGCAGAAAGCUCUCUUCGACUUUCUAAAACACAAAUUUGAAGGCAGAAUAUCCAUCACCCGGGUGACAGCCGACAUCUCACUUGCCAAACGCUCCGUCCUUAACAACCCCAGCAAACACACCAUCAUCGAGCGCUCCAGCACCAGAUCCAGCCUGGCUGAGGUACAGAGUGAAAUCGAGAGAAUCUUUGAGCUGGCUCGAACGCUUCAGUUAGUGGCUCUGGACGCAGACACAAUUAACCAUCCAUCUCAGCUGGCCAAGACCUCACUGGCACCAAUCAUUGUCUAUAUCAAGAUCGCCUCUCCAAAGGUGUUGCAGAGGCUGAUAAAGUCCAGGGGAAAAUCUCAGGCCAAACAUCUCAAUGUCCAAAUGGUGGCAGCUGAUAAACUGGCACAGUGUCCUCCUGAGCUGUUUGACAUAAUUUUAGAUGAGAAUCAACUGGAGGAUGCAUGUGAACACCUGGCUGAAUACCUGGAGGCCUACUGGAAGGCCACACAUCCACCGAGCAGCAACCCGCCCAACCCUCUGCUGAACCGCACCAUGGCCACAGCCGCCCUGGCCGCCUCGCCCGAACCCGUCUCCAACCUGCAGGGGCCGUUCCUGGUGCAUGGAGAGCAGAAGAGGGAAGGGCCUGAACGCGGCGGCCUGCAAGACUACCAGAGUGACCUGAGCGGAAAGCAACCACUGCGCUCCUCACGCAGCCAGCUGCAAACCGGCAGCAGAGGUCUGUCUCGUCAGGACACGUUCGACUCCGAGACCCAGGGCAGCCGCGAUUCUGCGUACACCGAUGACAUGGAGACCGAUCCAUACGAGGAGCCCGACCCAUGCCGCUCGUACCGGCUGAACCCAGCCCACCACGCUCCGCGCCAGGCCUCCUGGGAGGAUGAAGGGGCGGAGCCUGACCAGGAGAACCUCAACAUGGUACCGCCUCCAGCUAAUCAGCACCAGCGUGGGCGAGGAAAGCUGAGGGAGCGCUACUGUCAGGACGCAGAAGCCGGAGGAGCCACGACAGGCCGCAACCACAACCAGGAGGAGUGGAGCAGAGACGUGUACAUUCGCUAGAGCAGGUUUACCUGAACACACCAAGUAGAACCUCUAGCUUGGAUCUGUUUACAACCCAGAGAAACACACAAUCAUUGACAGACACUGUACAGCUCUCCACAUUCACAUUACGCUAGCUCUCUUCCAUUGCAUCUUUAGUUUCAACCUGUUUUUGAGGACGAUACACUAACCCACAAAAGUUUGGAAGAGUGAGAAUGAGUAAUGUUUUUGAAAGAUGACUUUCAUGCCUGAAAAAUACUUUUAAAAUUAUAUCAGAUUAGUAUUAUAAAUGUAAUUAAUAAUACAAAACUGAAUGUUUUUUUUU